UUUAUGUCAACAUGACCAUUUUCUAUGUUUGCGGUUAACUUUUGAAAUUCUAAAAAUUUUCUUUCAAUUUUUUUCCUUUCUUUCCUAUUGUACUGGUGACGUAAUACAUAAACAUGGCAUUUUCAUUCGGAAGUACGAGUCAAUCUGCUUUUGGUAGCACUCCAGCAAAACCUACUGGUUUUGGGACAGCUUUUGGACAGACUCCAGCAACCACAGCCUCAACAGGUUUUGGUUUUGGCUCCACCUUCGGGGCAAGUAAUACACAGCAGGCACCAGUCUUUGGAUCGACUUUUGGCACUCCAGCAUCAGGAGCUACAGCACCAGCAUUCGGUACUACUUUUGGCACUCCUGCUUCAUCUGCAGCACCAACUUUUGGUUCAACUUUUGGCACCCCUGCGUCGUCAGCAGCACCUGCAUUUGGCACCACUUUUGGUGCUUCUACGCAACAGCAGCCCACUGGGCUGUUUGGUAGUACAACAAAGCCAAGUCUAUUUGGAACUCCUUCAACUUCGGCUCCUAGUUUAUUUUCUACACCGGCUGGUGGAACUAAUUUGUUUGGAUCUACUAGCACCGCUCAGGCAACAGGUUUAUUUGGAAGUACCACCACUAGUGCUGCUCCAAGUCUAUUUGGUACAGCAACAUCAACACCAUCAUUGUUUGGCCAAACGGGUACAACUACGACUCCUAGUUUAUUUGGCGCUGGUACUGGUUCAUCAACCUUUGGGGGUGGUUUAUUUGGUAGUACAACUACAACAGCACCAUCUCUGUUUGGAACUAGUUUUGGAAUUGCUGCUACAACUGCUACCACUGGUUUUGGUGGUUUUGGUACAACUAAUACUGGUUUUGGUGGUUUUGGUACUACCACUGGUGGUACUGGUCUUUUUGGAUCUGCCUUUGGUGUUAAACCUCUAACUGCACCAACAGGGCCAACAGCCCCUAAUGCGGCAACCAGAAACCAGCAAGUUGUAGCUUCUGUUUAUGCAAUAAAUGUGUUUAAUGAUGAACGUGAUGAUAUCCUUAAGAAAUGGAAUAUGCUUCAAGCAUGUUGGGGUACAGGAAAGGGCUACUACAAUUCUACCCAACCAGCUGUUGAAUAUUCGCCCCAAAAUCCAUUUUAUCGAUUUAAAGCAAUGGGUUAUAAUGUUAUUCCAGAACAGGAUAAUUCCGACGGUAUAGUUAAACUAACAUUUGACAAAAAAAUUUCAGAACUUCGAAAUCAACACGAUGUUUUGAAGAAUGGUAUUGCAGGUAUAUUGGGCAACAAACCAAACUUAACCGUAGAAAUUAAUCAAAUCAAGGCAGUGUCAGAUACACAGACUGAAGUUAAGAUCACUGUUGCUGAAAAAGGAGUUACAGGUAGCAGUCGUAAAAUACCUGCAUCAGAUUUAUCUGCCUUUCUAAAUCAACCCACACAGAAGCAACAACUUGCCAAUGUCGGUGUGAGUUCAAUAACACCUUUUGUUACUCCCAGCAAAGCAGAAUUGGAGGAAUAUCUGAAGCAGCCACCACCAGGCAUAGACUUACAAAUGUGGCAGGCAGCCAUUCAAGACAAUCCAAAUCCCAAAAAGUACAUCCCCGUACCCAUAAACGGAUUCUCUGAUCUAAGGUCUCGUAUGUUGCAUCAAGAAUAUCAGACAGGUUUACACCAGGCAUUCUUAGAAAAAGUCAAUAAAGAGAUCACCGAAUUGAAGACGAAACAUUCAUCUUCGAUAGCGCAGAUAUCAGAGUUAAAGCAGAAAUAUUUAGAGUUGCAGCAUAGGAUUUUAAGAGUUUUGGUUAAGCAGGAAAGCACAAGGAAGGUAGGAAUUGCAAUACAACCGGAAGAGGAACUCUUAAGGGGUAGAUUGGAAAUGAUGCAUGCUCAGCUAAAUGUUCCAAAGCAGUUUAAGGGUCAAAUUAAUGAACUGUUGUCUCAUGUCAAAAUGAUGGAAGGUACGCAGAAGCAGAAUAAUCAGAACUACAGGAUAGACGCAGACGCCCAAGAAGAAAUCAAGCAGUUCUUGAAGAUGCAGCAGAAUGGGAUAGCCCAGUUAAUAAAUAUAAUUAACAAUGAUCUACAGUCCAUUAAAAUCAUAAAUGAAGGAAUGAAGCAGAUUGUUCCCAGUAAUCAGGUUGGUUAAAGUUUUCAAUUUAAAAUACCUUUUUUAAUUAAAAAAAAA